AUUCAGCAUGAGUGCUUUAGAUCAUACUGUUUUGUUUGUUUACUUUUGGGAAAGAAUGACUUUGCUAUUGAAAAGAUAAAUUGAAGCAAACGUGGAAAGUUUUAAUUCUGCAUAAAGUGGCAUUCAUAACAUAGAGUUAACGAUAGUCCUCAACGAUGCUUUCUCAAUCGGAGACCAGCAGGAUGAAGCCUUACGUCAGGGCUGACAAAUCCUUUUUCGCGGACGCCUUCGAGAGGUUGAAAGAGCGGCGGCAGACUUUGAGGUUGGAACCGGAUCCCGGGUGCUUCAGUACUCGGAGGGUAUCCGGUACGAUACAGUACUUCCGGGACGACUUCGGAGGCGUGACGAGCCUCCGGUUCUCAGAAGGCGGCGACAGGAUCGCAGUGGGGUUCAAUUCAGGAGAGUUGCAAGUCUGCAAGCCUGCACUAAGAGACAGGCGUGCUGGAGGGGAAUCUCUGCUGGCGGGUUGGGAAGGGAACCACUCCAUAUCCUGCGUCAAGUUCCAUCCGAAGAGACCGGAACUCCUGUACGCGUCUAGCACAGCAGGAACCGUGCUGCGGAAGGACAUCACGGGCAAUGAGAAAUAUGAGGACUUUUUUAUUAUAGAGAAAAACAAUGAAAUUUAUAGUUUUGACUUUGGUGCGGACGGCGCAAAGUUAAUCACUGGUGGCCGAGAUGCGUCGAUCAGAAUCUAUGAUAAUGUAACACAAAAGUUAUGGAAGGAGUACAGUCAAGUGCAGCGUUUCGAAAUGUUAAUCACUCAUAGCUCACAUUCGGCACUAUCUUCUAUGUCGGAGGAAGUCAGGACGAACCACAGAAAGAGGGUCUACUGUGUCAGGAGCCUGCCGGAGGACUUCAACAUCUUCGUGUCAGGCGGUUGGGACUGUGUCGUCAAGAUUUGGGACACUAGAGUACCGGGUGGCUGUGUUAGAGAUAUCGAUGGACCUUACAUCUUCGGGGAGGCCAUAGAUAUCUGUCAAGGGAAGCUGCUGACAGCGUCUUGUCAGGCAAGUAAUACCCUCGCCUUGUGGGACAUCGGCUCCGGGAAACUGAUUACAAACAUUGUGCCAAGCAACAAGAGUGUGUACCUAUACGGGGAGUAUCCCUACACGGCCCAGUUCUACCGAGGAGACCCUACAGGAGACAUGAUACUCUGCGGUGGCUCGGGCCUGGGAGGGUUACAGGUCAUCAGCAUCAGGCGGGAGACGAUUAUUUAUAUAUUAGAAGACGAGAAACCUGUUGUCACUGUUGAUUCUACGGACACCAAUAUCGCCUUUGGUGGCAAAUCUAACACUGUGUUCUUUGGAAAUCUUUACGCCCAAGAUGAGUCCAGUCAAUAUGUGAUCAGGGCGUCUUCUCGGGAAACAACCAUGUCGUCUCUAAUGGAAAUGGAAAUGGAUAUGGAAUAAAACUUUAGAAUUCCUGA